AUGUCCAGGGACCGCUUCGACAUCCUUACCUCCGCCCUCCACUUCGCUAACAACGAAGGGGAGCACAGCGCGGAGGACCGGUUGUGGAAGCUGCGCCCUGUGAUUGACGUCUUGGACUCGACGUACCGUUCCGUCUUCGUCCCCAGAAAGAACGUGACCGUCGACGAGAGCUUGUGGGCCUUCAAGGGGAGGCAUCAGGCCCUUCAGUACAACCCUAGUAAGAGGGCUAGGAGGGGCCUGAAGGUCUACAAGCUGUGUUCGUCCGACGGUCCAGAGGCAGGGUAUACGGCGGCCUUCAAUAUUUACAUGGGGCAGGAUCGCGGCGAGUUUCCGGCGAGUAUGAAGGCCGUCGACGACCUGAUGGAGAAGGCAAAGCUGCUCGACAAGGGGUAUCAGUUGUACACAGACAACUGGUAUUCCUCCCCGACUCUCUUCCACUAUCUGCAGGCCCGGAAGACCACCUCCGUUGGCACAGUACGUGCCCUCGGACCUGCAGGCGAGUCGGGGAGUAGCAAAACCGGAAUGCUUUGCCUGCAGUGGUUAGACAAGCGUCCUGUGGCAAUGCUAUCCACUGCCCACACAUCAAAGGUCGUUACCCUGCCUCCCAACCGCCAAGGGAUGGAGAGGUCGAAGCCCGAGGUCGUUGUCAGUUACAACAACGGCAUGAAGGGCGUCGACCUCUCGGAUCAGCUGGCGCAGUCAUAUCCAGCAACCAAGAAGACCAUCAAGUGGUACAAAUAG